AUAACACAGUCGGUGGGAGGUGGAUCAUGCGCACUGAUCGGUAGCGAGGUUAAUGGUACUGCUCAGGAUGCUUCGGUGUGUACCAGAUGGAUCUGUGGAUGUGCAGAGAGACCAUGGGGACAAAUUAAAAAUAAACUAGUCCGCGGCAGUGCCCGUCCUCAGGCGUACCCCCAGCUGCCGCUGCCAUGGCGGGGAUCCUGCUCCUCCUGCUGCUGGUCGCCUCUCUACUCGUCAGCCCGGCUUGUGCAAACCCAGCAGCUGAGGAGAGUUUCGCGGGGAGUCCGGGAGCCCGGGAGCCGGAGCCGGAGAGCGGGAGGAUGGGCUUGGAGGACCUGGAGAAAAGCGGGCUGCAGCUGGAGGAAUCCGGCACAGAGCAGCACCAGGAAUCCUACAGCACCUUCGCCGCGGAAUUCUUCGAGACCCGGUACUGGGGGGAUGAAGGUUAUGCUUUCCCAUCCCCUCCUCCAGUGGAUCCUUUUGCAAGAAUACGGGUGGAUGACUGUGGAAAAACAAAAGGCUGCUUUAGGUAUGGGAAACCUGGCUGUGAUGCAGACACGUGUGAUUAUUUCCUCAGUUACCGCAGGAUAGGUGCUGAUGUGGAAUUUGAGCUAAGCGCUGACACUGAUGGUUGGGUUGCAGUUGGAUUUUCAUCAGACAAACUAAUGGGCGGUGAUGAUGUCAUGGCCUGCGUGCAUGAUGACAAUGGCAGAGUUCGAAUCCAGCACUUUUACAAUGUUGGACAGUGGGCCAAAGAGAUAAAAAGAAAUCCAGCUAGGGACGAAGAAGGCAUUUUUGAGAACAACCGAGUGACCUGCCGAUUUAAACGACCAGUCUAUGUCCCUAGAGAUGAAACCAUUAUUGAUCUUCAUUUGAGCUGGUACUACUUAUUUGCAUGGGGUCCUGCCAUACAAGGUUCAAUCACCCGACAUGACAUUGACUCUCCACCAGUAUCUGAAGAUGUUGUCAGCAUCUACAAGUAUGAAGAUUUAUUUAUGCCUUCUGCAGCUUACCAAACCUUCUCCUCUCCUUUCUGCCUGCUUUUAAUUGUUGCUCUGACAUUCUACAUACUAAUGGGGACUCCAUAACUAAGCCAGUGCACAAAAACAUUGGCUUAAAAACAUGUUUAACUGUGUAGAAUUUCAGGAGGAGUGAAAUGAAUACACAAGUGGUGUUUGAAAUAAAUUUUCUCAUGGUGCACCAACUGAUUAUGAAUAAUUUGACAAUAUUUGCUGGGAAAUGAUUAGCAAAUUGUCGAAUAAUAAAUACCCUUGGGUAGCAAGAAUCUGAGCCCUGUAAAGCAUGUCUGUAGAACAAUUGUAGAUUGACAGAACUGUACAAUUUGUUUCCCUGGUCUAGGAACAGUAUGCACUACUAUUUCAGUCAUUAAGUCAGCGUAUGCUGCAAGUGACAAGAAGCCAAUUCUAGAAGAACUAAUAACAUUAUUCUGAAUGUAGAUUCCUAGCUAACAUGCAGCUUAGGUUGGUUGUUGUGCCUGUAUUUUGUAAGAUCUUUAUACUGUUUGAUGAAAAUUCAUUGUAUCAGAUGUUGUCAUUUUCCGCUCUUAAGUUUAGUCAAAUCAAAAAUUAAAAGAAUGUUUGAAGAAAUACAAGCUUUUUUAAUUCUGUGUAAAUAACUAGAAGCUGUUUAUAUCUUAUUUAUUUGCAGAGGAUUCAAAUUGUAGUGAAAUAUUAAUUUCUGUCAAAGCUUUUACUUUGUAUAAAGAGUCAAAUGGCUAACAAAUUAUUGAUGUAAUAUAAUUCAAAAGUCAAACAACAAAAUUGAAAUAUAGAAGGAACAUUAAUGGGCAAAUAGUCCUCAAAAGUUGAAUUUCUCAAUUAACUAUUCACCUAAAGGUUUCAGAUUACCAAAAAAAUGUGUGACUGCAUCUCAUUAUUACCAUCCAACAGUAUUGUGAAAUCUAGAAACAGCAUUCUACAAAAGGGAUGGAGACAAAAACUGGUGAUAAUAUUGUUUAUAUUGAAUGAACUUCAAUAUUGACUCUGUUCAGUAAAUAUGACAUACAGUGGGUGUAUUAUGAAAAGCUGUAGUGAAAGACAUCAAGGAAUCUUGAGAGGUGAUGGUGGGGGGAUUGAAUCUUUAAUAGAGGGGGAGAGGUGAAGGUUCAAUCAUUGACGUGAUGUUGAUUUCAGAGAAGUGGGAAAGAGGGUUUUCAUACAGUGAUCAGGAAGGUGGUCUCAAUGUAAGAGAAAGAGAACUGGCAAAUAAGUAAGCAUAUGGAAGAAUAAUAAUCAGGAUUUAUUCAAGCUAUCCCUAUAUUUCCACUUUGCUACAUUUGUUUAAAGAUUGUGUGUAUAAUGAAUUUUGAAACAUAUAAACAAAAUUAAUCUCUGUUGCCCUGAGUUCUGGUUGCCCAAAAAUAUGCCAACAGCUAACCAGAUGCUGUUAACUUCCCCUGCUAGUCAAACUUUUAUUUCAAGCUAUAAUUCUACAGUUUAUACUUGAUCAGAGGACUGUAUAUCUGCAAGUUCUUUUAAUAAUUGAACAUGCUGUUAUUGAUUGUAUCUAAUUUCAGUGAUGUUUAUAAUUCCUUUAUUAAAUUUGAGAUUUAUUGUCUGAUAAGUUAAAAUAUGAAGAUAUUCAGUCACUCCUUUCUUGCAAAGAAACUUGCAGUCUUUAUCAUCACAUCUUAUCUAAUUGUUCCCCACUAAUUUUUAUUCACACUAUAUUCCAUUUAAACAGUUAAUAAAUAAAUCAACUAAUUUUUCCAUUUGCAGUAUUCCCACAGUGACAAAACAUUACUAGGUUCUGACUAACAUGACUGUCUCAUAAUUUGAUUCCUUAGCCUCACUGAGAAGCAAAUCUAGUGAAGUUGAUGUUUGAUAAAGUUCCCUGAUUGACUCAUUAGCUUACUCCAAAAAGCCCUUCAGGAUCAUUCAUACACGUCAGUGGAAGCAGAAGUUACAACAACUCUGAAUUUUAAGCAACUGCUGGUAUCUCGACAUCCUUUGGAAAUAUAUCAAUGGUGUCAGCUGUUGCUUCUGUGAUGUUCAUUAUUCCAAUACACAUAGCUAUAUACUAUUCAUCAGAGGUAGCAACAGUUCAGUCAUAUCGGUGGUGCGUCCCAAUUAUUUGCCUACGUUCGAAACACUUUUAUUUAAAGACAAUCCAAUUUGUCUCAACUUUGAGGGUGGAACAAUUUAGACUGGGUCCUUGCAGGCAUCAAUUAUGUAGUGCAAGGGCUCUCUGUACAAAACAGUGAAAACAUAAUAAUGCAUAUGCCUCAGCAAAGGUUCUGAAGGCUAGUGUUCUUUGAAGCACUACUGAAACUUAAUCUGCUUAGCUGUUUGGGGUGGUGGGAUCAUUAUAUUCCACAUCUAAUCCUUGCAAAAUUAUUCUUGUGCUGCAUAUUGUACAGUAUUGGAAUCUACACAGCUUCACCAUGAUGUCAUUAAGUAUUUAGGAACUCAGAUUGAAAACAGGGUGUAAAGUUGGUAAAAUGAGAAUGUACCCUACUGCCCGAGAGAUGCAAGAGAGGGUUAUCUGCUGAUUAUUCUCCUAAUGUUAACACUAGCAGAGAACUAUAUCAGGAUAGACAUAUGGCAGAAGAAGCAUUUGAAAUUAUCUAAAUGAUGGAUGAAUAUUAAUUUGAGAGAGAAUUGUUUACAAUAAAUUGCCAGACUGAGAACAUGAAAAUUAUAUUUAUAGUUUGUGUUCUGUUCUCAAACUGGAUGUACUUCUUCAAUCUGUGAUUCUCUGAUUCUGUGUAUUUUUCUGUGAUCCACCCGAGGUUUCCUUCUCCCAUGUUCAAUUAUUGGCUACACCUUCAUCAAUAACAAGAAUUUUGAAUUAUUGCCAGAGGUCACAUCAAGACUGUUCAUAAUUUCAAAUGGCUUGUGAACAUGUUUCAGAACGGGAACAUCUAGGGCUAGCAUCUACUUUGGAUUUCUGUUAAGAAAUUCCCUCUAGAAUUCAUAAUAUCUCAAAUGAAUGCAGAGUUGAGGUAUGGUUAUCAACCUUCUCAUUUCUUAGCAACCUGAAACACUAGGCAGCAUUCCUACCCCUACUAUCUACAAAAAUUUGUAUUCAGAUCCCUACUACCCCACCUUGUCUCCAGCACUGGGUAGUAUCUCUUAAAUAUUUUUCCCCCGACCACAAAGAACUGACAAACACUUCUAUCUCAGACAUAUGGCUACUUAAAUUAUAAUGCAACCCCACCUGAUUAAAACUCAUCUGAUUUUGAAUCCUACUAUUUCUCCCUGUCUAAAAUUGCAGAGACAAAUGGAAGAAAGAGGUGAAAAAUAACAAGAGGGUGAUCGUUAAUCUGUCAUGUAAAAGAUGGUUCUCAUCUUCACUGUAGUUCCUUUGUUAACUAUCUUAAAUCUGUGCCUUUUGGUUAACUACUGUCGGUACUGGUGAAGUCUGACUGUGACAGAAACACAAAUGAAAGAGCCAAAUGAAUGGAGGUAAACAUGGUAUAACAAGUCUGAGAUGCACAAAAUAGACUGGUAGCUGGACUUGAUGAUGAUUUGCCAAAUCUAAAAGUGAUUCCGUCAAAUUAUGGUCUACUCAUUAGUUGUGAACCAUUGAUCUGAUGUUUCUGCAUUGUCCUAGAAACCAGAAGCAGGUAUGCUUUUUUAUUUUAGCUGAAGGAGGCCUUCCUGAUAACCUUCAUUUUGAGGCAUCCAGUAGGUUUCCUCUUCUAAUAAAGACAUACAGCAUGGAAACAUACCCUUUAGUCAAACUCAUUCAUGCUGACAAUAGUCCCAAACUAAACUAGUCCCA